AUGGAUUAUCUUAAAAAACAGCAUUAGAAUUAUAAGAUUACAAUCACCAGCUUUAAAUAAAACUUCGAAGAAUAUUUGCAUCCAGUUAAAUAGAAGAGAAAACAUUAUAUAAAUAAAUUCAAUACCGAAUUGCAAAUUGAAAAUCCAUAACCUAAAUAAGAGGAUACUUAAAUAUCCUAACAAAUUUCUGUCUAAAAAUUAUAUAGAAAAAAAUUCUUAAAGAAACUUGAUGUCUAUAUGGACUUUUUGGAAGGGAUCAAGGAAUCUGAACAAUAAUUCGGAUCACAAUUAAACGAGUUAGAUAGUAAAUUACUUUCUGAAAAUGAAAUUAAUAGCAUAGAUAAAUAUUCUGAAGAAAGAAACGAAAUUAUCCAACAACUUACUGGAAUCUAGUUGAGUUCUAAAUUAUUUUUGUACUUACCUUAAUGGAAAGACUUUAAGAAAGUGUUAAAAUAAAUUAGUCAAAGCCAUAUUGAAAUCGCCUCAGAUAUAAACAAAGUGAGUAUUCAAUUAGUAUCACUCAGGAGAACCUACACGAAAGAAGUGGAGGAAAUCAGAAAACAAAGAAAGAAAUUAAAAUAUCAAACGGUCGAAUGCUAUCAACAUUAUAAUAAGAUUCUAAAUGAAUUCAAUUAAAUUGAAAAAGAUUUGUAAUCCUUUACUUUGGCUCAUCAAGAAAUGCUAAAAAGAAAGGAUGAUCCAACUUAAAUCAUUAAAAGCGAAAUGAAAGUCAAAUUGCAAAUGCAGCAAUCUGAUACCAUAAGAUUGAAAUUAACAGAUGCCAGAGAUAAAAUCAAAGAGAAUUAAAUAGAAAUCAAUGAAUUUAAUCAAAAGAUGCACCUAUUCUAACUUAAUUAUGAAGAGUCGAGAGUUGUAUUUGUAAAACAAGGUUUCCAAGCAUUUUUAAUUACAUCUGAGAAUUAUGCCAGUUAAUUUUAGACUUAGAUCUCCACUUUAAUAGUAAUUAUGGAUGAAGAUUAUUAUUAAAUAUACCCCUCGAGAUAACACAGGAGUCCAAAAUCCCCUCAAAAGCAAGUGUAGGAGGAUUAAUAAUAAAAUUAAAUAGCUGAAUUUGAUAUCAAUGAAUAAAUAAAGGAAUGUUAAAGACAAACUACUUAUUUACUUUAAUAAUGGUAAAUAGUGUAAAAGUAUAAUGAAGAAUUAGAGUACUUCUUCAGAGAUACUAUAUAAAUUUUUAAUCAAAAAUUAAUAGAUAAAGAUUUUACAUUAGUGAAAUUACAAAUUGAAUUAGAAAAACAAGAAGUUGCAGAUAUUUUCAAUGUUCUAUUUUCAAGUUUAGUGGGUGUUAUUCAAAUAAUUAAAGAUUCAAAUAAACAACUUGUUGACUAAAUAGAAAGAAAAAGAUAAGAUAUUGCUAAAUGUAGAUUAGAGAUGUCUAUUGGCAAAGAACUUGAAACUUGUGCAUUAAGAGAUCUAAAAAAGUUGCAAAGUCUUAGCACUGAUGAAAAAGCACUUGAAUAGUAUCAAAAUGAUUAAGUCGAUAAAUCCAAAACAAAGAAGGCAGCUUAACAUUUUUUUAAUGAGAUGAAAUAAAAUAUGUCAGAUGUGAAAUCCUUAAAUUUCGGUAAAUUUUAUGCAACUAUCGGUUAAACUGUAUCUAAAGUUCAAAAGAUGAGUAAUUUGAAAGAGGAUGAUCUUAGAGAGUAGUAGGUAAAAUUAAUAGAAGAUAAAAAAACUCUUAUUUCAUUGUAAGGGUAUACUUUAAAGAAAAUUGAAGAUAUUCUCAAUAAACACAAUAAAUAAGUAGCUAAAAUGAAAAAAACAUUAAUUGAAGAUUUGGGGAGAUUUGCUAUUUAAAUAUUUACUAAUCUAAGAAUGAUAGUUGAUGAAACUACUGAAAAUAUUUAGAUUAUGUAAUAAAGAGAAAUCUUAUAAAAUGAAAGUAAGGAGCAAGUAAUAUAAAAUGAAAAAGAAGUGACUAUUUGUCAAAAUGAAGAAAUGGUAGAAGAUGUUUAUGUAAGUACAACAUCAUUAUUGCUUUAAAAACUAUUAAAAGUAUUAGUCAACGACUGGAAGGAAAGUCAAUUUUUUAAAGGGAAGAUUAAAAAGAUUUUGCAUAAGACUUUAAAUAAAAAGAGAGCUGCAAUGCUAUCAGAGAUUAAUGUAUCUGAUUUAAAGAUUAUUGGUGAUCCUCCAUCAUUAUCUGAUAUAUAAGCACUAAGAUAGGAUGCUAAUGAAUUUCUAUGUGACUUAGACUUAUCUUUUAGAGGGAAAGUCUUAAUUGUCUUAAGUACAAUUUUCCUCGUUACAUGGCCUAAGGAAUAUUAAGUGCCUAUUGAAAUCAAGAUUACAGUUACUAAUUUUGCUAGUAGGAUUAGAUUGUGUUUUGUACCCACUCCUCUUGGAAAGAGUUGGCUAUCCAUUAUAGGAUAACCUGCUAUUAAUUUAGAUAUUGAAUUAAAUCUCUUGCAGAAAUAUAAUGUUGCUAAAAUAUAAUAAAUUACUGAUUUAAUAAGAGAGGCCUUAAUAGGAAAAGUUAAGCUCAUGACUUACCCUAACACAGUAUCCAUUAAGCUGCCUUUAAGUAAGAAAUGA